AUGCAGCAGGGUCAGCUCCAGUCCACACUGACUGAGUACUGGGACAUCAUGCAGAGGAAGAGUAGCUUCACUGGGCUCCUCAUCACUGCUCUGUGUGCAGUGGUCUCCUGCCAUCUGACCAAACAGUUCCACUAUGUGGAUGAAAGAGGAAAGACCUGGGAAAAGGCUCAGCAGUACUGCAGAGAGAAGUACAUUGACCUGGCCUUCAUCAGCAACCAAGAGGAAGCAGAUGAGGUCAAUCGCAUAUCCAUAAAGGAGGAUGUUUGGAUUGGUAUGUACAGAGAUCCCUCUCCCCUAUCCGGAAAGGAUGAUGUUUGGAUUGGUAUGUACAGAGAUCCCUCUCCCCCAACAGAGUGGAAGUGGUCUGGAGGGUGGAACUCAACAUUCAGGUUUUGGGGGGAAGACCAGCCAAACAAUCGCAAUGGCAACCAGGACUGUGUCAGUUUGAGGAAGCGUGAGAUGAAUGAUGAUCAAUGCACUGACCAAUAUCCCUUCGUGUGCUUUGAUCUGAACGUGGUCCUGGUGCAGGAGAACAAGACAUGGGAGGAGGCUCUGGAGCACUGCAGGGAGAAAUACACUGACCUCACCAGCCUGCUGUCUGAGAAUGAGCAGCUCCAGGUCCAGAGAAUGAUGAAUUCAAAGGGGGCCCAGACGGACCACGUGUGGACGGGACUGCGCUUCCUGGCCAGCGAGUGGCUGUGGGUGAACGGGGAUCAACUGGAGUAUCAGGCCUGGACCGAGGGGAGGCUGCCCCACUGCCCCGCGCAACACCUCCGCUGUGGGACCCUGGCCAGAGAGGGACUGCUUUGGGGAACCAGGGGCUGUGAGGAGAGGAGGAACUUCCUCUGCUCCACAUGA